AUGGAUGGACGGCUGGAGGUGAAGGUGCUGGGCCCGGCCCACCCGUCAGAGCUGGCGUUCAUCCUGGAGCCGAGCGACAUGAUUGCCGUCCGGGAUCGCCCGUUGGUCCUCCACUGCCAAGUGGAAGGCGAGGCGCCCAUCAGCAUCACCUGGUACCACAACGGGGUGGCCCUCUCCAACGACAGCCGCACCGCCCUCUUGGCCAACGGAUCCUUGCGGCUGGAAAGCAUCCAGCGUCCGCCCCGGGGAGGAAACCCCAGCCAAGACCCUUCCAAUUCCAGCGCCGGGGAGUUCAGCUGCGCCGCCCAGAACUGUUAUGGCUUGCUGGUCAGCCGCAAGGCUCGGAUCCAGAUCGCCACUCUAUCCAAGUUCCACAUGCACCCAGAAUCAAUGUCGGUUGAAGAGGGUGGCGUCGCUCGCUUCCAGUGCUUUGUCCAGGGGGUCCCAGAAGCCACGAUAACGUGGGAACACAACCAGACGGCGCUGAUGACGGAUGAUUAUCGAUUUACACUUCUCCCCACGGGCAUCCUACAGAUCACCGGCGUGAGACGUUCUGACGUGGGCACCUACCGUUGCGUGGCGAGGAACAUUGCCAACACUCGCUACAGCCAGGAGGCCACCCUCAGCAUCAGCGGUGAGCAGGUGUCGGUGCCCAAGGUCUUUAAAGAGCCGGUCAUCUUGUCAGGACCGCAGAAUCUGACCAUUACGGUACACCAGACCGCCAUUCUUGAAUGUAUCGCUACGGGGAAUCCUCGCCCUAUUGUGUCCUGGAGUCGCUUGGAUGGGCGUUCCAUUGGCGUGGAAGGGAUCCAGGUUCUCGGAACUGGCAAUCUCAUGAUCUCAGACGUGUCGGUGAAGCACGCUGGGGUCUAUGUUUGUGCUGCCAACCGUCCCGGCACUCGUGUGCGCCGCACGGCACAAGGUAUCCUGAUGGUGCAAGCACCACCAGAGUUUGUGCAGUGGCCUCAAUCCCUCUCCAAAACGCCUGGCACCAGCGCCAUCUUCACCUGCGUGGCCCAGGGUGUGCCCGAACCCCACCUGAUCUGGCUGAAGAACGGGAAAGUCUUGGCCCCUGGCGAAAACAUCAAGCUCACCCACAACAACAGCACCCUGAUGAUCCAGGCCAUCACGUCCGCUGACGAGGCCAUCUACCAGUGCAUCGCGGAGAACAGUGCGGGCACCAACCAGGCCAGUGCCCGGCUGGCCGUGGCCCUGUCCAAGGAUCUGCCCAGCUCCCCGGAAGGCGUGGAAGCCACGGCCCUCUCCACCACCUCCAUCCGUGUCUCCUGGCUGGAGCCGUCCCGGGACGUGACCGAGGCCAUUAUCGGCUAUGUGCUUCACAUCCGCAAGGCGGGAGUCCCUGCCGCCGUGGGCUUUUUCACCAAGAUCCUGAACGUCAGCACCAUCCAGGUGUUUUUAGAGCUGCCCUUGAAGCCCGGCGGGAUCGAAGGGUUCAAACUUUACCUUCGGAAGCUGCCCAGUGCCCACUACGAGGGGCCUCAGAUCUUGCCUGGCACGGCCAACUCCUUUAUCUACAGCAACUUGGAACCGGCAGCCACCUACGAGAUCAAACUCCAGGCGUUCAACGGGAACGGUGACGGGAACAGUAGCGUGCGAUUUGUCUCACUCCAGGAGAAUUCAGAGAGGCUGGAUGCCAACUCGGUUUGCCAAUGCAGGCAAGACGGGGACGCCUCCCUUGCCGGCAUCGUGGUGGGUGUUCACAUCGGCAUGGCGUGCAUUAUUUUUUGCGUGCUCUUCCUGAUGUUCGGCUACCGCAAGAGCCUCUUCUGUAAGAAAGGAGCGCAGGAAAAUUGGACUGUCCCGCAAGGAACCGAAUUGGUGCCAACCGGCUCCCAGGAUCCUCCUCUUACCCCACGCAAGCCGGAGAGCAGGGCGAAGCCUCCAGAAAUGGUGGAACUGGUGUCUCGGAACAGCUCCUCCUCAGACGGACACACCACCCGGGACGGUCCUCAUUUUGAAGUCACCGUUGAGCGCUGCCUUCCGUCCCAGCCCAGCGGUUAG